CGCGCUCCAGAGCACGCGUGUAGAGAGCGCGUCCGGUCAGUGCUUCAAAUUCAACGACCAUUAACAGGACAAAGGAACUAAUGUACAGGAAUUGAUUCAGUAGUUAGCACUGAUCAUUUAAUUUUUUUUGCACCUGUCUGAUGCAUUAUUAACAGUACAAUGAUCACCCUCCCCUGUGGCGUCACCGUGUGUCAGCACUUUUUACCACAGACACACAACAGAAAACAAGGCUGCUGGAGCUGUACCGCGGGCAGGGGCUUUAACGGAAGGGUAAAACGCACAUCGUUGUUACUUUUUUGUGGAAAAUAGCUAAGUGAAGGCGGUGUGUGAGCCAUUCAGAGGAGCAGGCAGAAACAAGAAGUUUGAAAUCAAACAAUAUGGCACAUACAGACUAUGAUGAAGUUACAGAGGUGGUGUGUUUGGAGUCUGAGCUGGAGGAUGGACAGUAAUAUUUUCAUCACAUUAAUGAUUAUACCACAUUAUUUACCAUUGAGGCUUAUUACAUAUGUUCAAAAUGUAUAUGUAUUGCUAUAUAUAAUUGUUUCUUUUGUGACUGUCGCUUAUCACAGAAUGAAGGAGGUUGAAGUGGAUCAUCAGAAAAUCCUGUUGGUUCGUAAUGAAGGCCAGUUCAGUGCCGUGGGUGCUCUGUGUACUCACUAUGGAGCACCGCUAAUUAAAGGUGCUUUGAUGGGAAAUAGAGUGAGGUGUCCUUGGCAUGGGGCUUGUUUCAACACUAAAACAGGAGAUAUUGAAGAGUUUCCAGGCCUGGACUCUUUGCCUACAUACAAGGUGAAAGUUGAGAAUGGUAAAGUUCACAUUACAAGAGAUAAAAAGACUCUGACUAAACGUGUUAAAGAAAUGAGCUGUGGCGUGCCUGGUGUCUGUCACAUCAUACUUUUAGUUGGAGGAGGUCCUGCCUCUUUGCAAUGUGCAGAAACCCUUCGACAGAAUAACUACCAGGGGCGAAUUAUAAUGGUCACCAAAGAUGCACAGCUGCCUCUAGACAAGACAAAACUUAGUAAAGCGAUGAAUAUAGAGAGUGAAAACAUUCUCCUUCGACCAGGUGACUUCCUAAAACAGCAUGGCAUUGAAGUGUGGACAGAAAAAGAAGUGGUGUCCAUGGAUACAGAAACAAAGACAGUCAGUUUUCAUGAUGGUAUCAGUCAACACUACAAUCAGCUCUUGAUCGCUACAGGAGCGAGAGCUCAGAGUAUGCGAUGUCCUGGUGCUGAUUUGGAGAACGUGAAACUCCUACAGAGCUACAAAGAUGCAAGUGAGAUUUAUCAGCUGAGUGUAGGCAACAGGGUGGUGAUCACUGGAACAUCUUUUAUAGGAAUGGAAGUAGCAGCCUUUCUGUCUGACAAAGCAGCUAGUGUGGCUGUUGUGGGCAAAUCCGACGUGCCUUACAAGUUUUCACUGGGACCAGAUAUUGGCAGAAUGACUAUGCAGAUGCUGGAGGAGAAAAAUGUGAGAUUCUACAUGAAUAACAGUGUGACUGAAAUACAAGGGGCGAACGGAAAGGUCAGGCAAGUUAUACUGCAAAAUGGUGACAUAUUGCCAGCAGAUGUUGUAAUUGUAGGGAUUGGUGUCAUUCCAAACUCUGAUUUCCUGAAGGGGAGCAUGGUGAAAGUUGAUUCAAGAAAUGCCGUCAUUGUUGAUAAGUUCAUGAGAACGAACAUUCCAGAUGUCUUUUCUGCUGGGGAUGUGGCAUCCUUUCCUCUUUCCAUUCAUGCAGACAAAAUGGUUAAUAUUGGACACUGGCAGCUGGCACAGGCACAUGGCCGGGUUGCAGCUUUAAACAUGCUGAAUAAGCAGACUAAACUCCACUCUGUCCCAUACUUCUGGACUGUGUUGCUGGGAAAAAGUAUCAGAUAUACAGGUUAUGGUGAAGGCUAUACAGACAUUGUAUUCAAAGGAAGUGUUGACGAGAGGAAGUUUCUUGCAUUUUAUAUAAAGGGUGAUGAAGUUAUUGCAGCAGCCAGCUUGAACUUUGACCCUGCUGUCUCAUGGGUGGCAGAACUAAUGGUGACUGGGAAAACUAUUACAAAGCUUGAAGCUGAAUCAGAGGACCUCGGAUGGUUGCAGCUUCCUUAGACGGACCAUGUGCAUCUCUACUGGCUACAGAAGAUUCCUUUAUUAGUUUACUGACAUUGCGCUUGUACAACAACACAGCUUAACACCAAUAGUCAUGUGGUGGAUCAUAACCUCUACGUAUUUUACUUGUCCAUUUAAUUGCAUAAGUGGAAAAGCUAACUUUUUGAAGCCUUUUCAUUAAUAAGUUACAUUUUUAUAUAUUUACUUGAAAAUAAUUGUCCUUAUAUUCAAAUUGCCUUGACCUACUUAUGCGCUGACAUAUACAUCUGCAGUUUUGUGUCUUUGUUAAGCUGGAGCAACAAUCAAACUAUUUCUCAGAGAUAGCUUCCUCUUCUUGCUUUAGCUAUUGUGUUGUUAGUGUUUGUUUACAUUUUGCUUCAUUUCAGUGUGGAUAAUGUUUUUUGUGUGUUGGAAAUCUGGAAAAUUAUAAUGAAGAGGUACCUUUGGCAUUAUUUAUUUAAGGAACCAGAAUUAUAGCACAUGAAGCUUGUAGUACUGUCUAAAUCUGUGGCGGGCCUUGCAUUUCAGACCUAGGCCUUCACUGGUGUCCUUCCUGAAUUAAUCCACCUCUAUACCAUCAUUAUGAUGCCAUGGGCGUCGCUAGGCCAUUUUCUACUCAGCCCUCCUAAAAUUCUGCGAUUCUCCAUAAACUGUACACAAAUUGGUGAUCGCCUCAGUCCCCUUUAAAUUUUAUAUGAAAACGGCGGCAGACUUCGGCUCUUCCCUGUCUUUCAGCACGUUUAUUUAUUUAUUAUUUAUUAUUAUACCCUCAUUGGGGGCUGAGCCCCCCUUAAAUGAAAAUCUUAGAAUUGGCCCUGGACGCCACGGCAAUAGAUACUAAUCGACCAUUAAAUAACAGUAAAAAAGAAAUCAGGCUACAGUAUUUCGCACCUCACAAGGAAUAGUCAAUUUUAUUACGGUUACUUUUCUCAAAAAAGACAUUCUUGAUGCCGUAUGCAGCAAACUGCAAUCUCUGGAGGACGCAGCAUCCGAAAUGAGACGCAGAGAAUAUAGAAACAAUGUAUAAGGGCGUGUCGCUGCCUCUGACUACUCCAAAUUAUCCAAUCAAAGGACGGGAAAUUGCUGACAUAAUCGUAUGCCUGCUAGAUGGCUCCAGUGAUGCCAACUCGAAAUCUGAUUGAUUAAUGGAACAGUUUCAUUGCCACUUAUUUUAAGCUACGGGCGCCUGCACUUUUAAUUCUGAAGGCUGUACGCCCGGACAACACAUGAUGUCAGCCACUAGCUGAAAUAUGAUUGGAUAAAUACUUUUAUCAUAAAUAUACAUUACUGGAAGCAGCGCAACCGAGAGAAAAGCUAUGAAAUGUCUAGAAUAGACUAUUGGGAAUAAUUUAAUACACAUUCAUGGAAAAAUAUAUUAAAUAUAUUAAAAUGCAAGUCAGUGAUUCAGAUCACUGCUGUUUAGGCCAGCAGAGAAGGCCUUGCUGGCCCUGACGGUCCACCACUGGUCUAAAUUCUGAAAAUUUAUUGUUUGAAGAUUUUUUGCAAUUUAUUCAUAAUGAAGCCCACAAGUAUCAGUUUACUGUGCACUUAUAUGUCACAUGAUGUGUGCUAGAGUUACUACACCUAUCCCCAGAGUAAAACCACUCUGCUGUCUCCCAGCUACCAAAACAUGGGUCUCUUGUUGCAAGUGUCAUAGAGGAGGUGAGCAGCAGCAGUAUCAUCAACAACAAAUAUAUAAUUCAUAUUAAUACAGAAAAAUACAUAAGAAAUAUACAAUUAUAAGAAUAAGAAUUAAAAUAUUAUUGUAACAACAACAUGCUGCUAAUAAUAAUAAUAAUAAUAAUAAUAAUAAUAUGUAUUAGUGGCUACCGGGUACUCCAGUUUCUUCCCACAGUCCAACAACAUGCAUUGUGCCCUGUGGUGAGUCCCAUGUGAUAGACAUCAGGUUCCCUGCAAAUCUGUGUAGGAUAAAUGGUAUGGAA